CGAAUUGUGCAGAAGCGAUCAGUCAUGACAGUCACGUCGGAGUGGUAGUAUAUAUCGUCCGCCCUCCAGUCCCGGGGUUCAGUAUCUGUUCUUUCGAGUGUCGUGAGUGUUUAAAAUCGAGUCAUGACGUGGUCGAGGACUUCCGCGUGGGUGAUUGUCAUUUUGGCAGUGUCCUUCCACACUUGCACGGGAAUUUGGUAUGGGAUUAAGAAGACCCCUAAAGGAGACACAACUGCUGGUGAGAGGUGCUUCUGCCAGUUAAAAGGAGUAAUAGAUGACUGUUCCUGUUCUGUGGAGACUUUAGACAGCUUCAACAACCUGAAGCUGUAUCCACGCCUGAAUAGCCUCCUGCAGUAUGACUACUUUAGGUACUGGAAGGUAAGCAACUGGCCAGAGUACCAUGUAUGGAAUUGCACUAACACUGAAGAGUUAUUUGAAGAUUUUGUCAAGGGUUUCCCAAAAUCAAGAGUCUGGGCAAAUGUCGCCGGGUAAAAAUGAACAAAAAAU